AUGUUUUUCAAAAGAUCGGUUUCAGAAAUUGUAAAACUUUUUCUUCUGCUCACAACAGAAAACACAUUCUAUACAGCUGGUUCUGUAGACGUCAUAGGAAGAAAAAAGGCUUUCCUGAGAAGCAUUCCAGAGAGCAUUUCUCUCUCUACUGAAGAUAAAAUAUCUUGGUUCAAUGACCCCAUCAUGAUUUCCAUAAACGUUGCUGAAACCAGCAAAAGUUCAGAGAACAGAGAGGAUGACAAUUUAUUCGUGUUCUUUACUGAGAUUGCCGUGGAGGAACGACGCAGCAACCUCCGUUUGUCGAGAGUUGCACGAUUGUGUAAAGGUGACUUGGGAGGCUUUGUAGUUCGGAGAAAAAGGACUUCUUUCCUGAAAGCCCGUUUAGACUGCCCGUUUGGAGAGAAAGGUUCAAUAUCUCUGUUGCAGAGUGUCUUUCUUGUCAAUGAUGAAAAUAAUGUGACAGAGAGCCUCUUCUAUGCAACAUUCACCUCUAGUCCGUCAUCCAACUCUACAUCCAGUUCCUGCAGUCAGUCCGCUGUCUGUGCCUACAAGCUAUCAGACAUCCAGCAAGUUUACAGGGGGAACCUUCUGCAUGAAGUAAUUCCUGGAAUUUGGGUGAAGGACUUAGGAAAAGAGAGCUACACCUACCCUCGUUCAUGUAUUAAUGAUGAAAUGCGAGCCAAGAAUGUGAAGACCUCUCACAACAUCCCAGAUUCAACCCUUGUAUUUGCGAGAAACCACCCUCUGAUGGAGGGAGGAGUGAUGCCGAUCACUGGGAGGCCCCUGCUGGUCCAGUCUACGGCCCAGUUCUCUAAAAUUGUUGUUGACAAAGUAACAUCUCUGGAUGGACAGCAGUACAACGUCAUGUUUAUUAGCAACAACUCUGGUUGGCUGCAGAAGGCGGUGUGGUCUGGUGAUGAUGGAGGGCGAAUCAUUGAGGAGUUGCAGCUGUUUCAGGAUCCUCAGCCCAUUCGCUUCCUUCAGCUCUCCUCUAGAAGUGGUCAGCUGUACAGUGCAACUAGAACUGCUGUUGCUCAGCUCAGUGUGAGGGACUGCAGCCGCUACACAUCCUGUGCCGACUGCCUUACUGCCAGAGAUCCAUACUGUGGCUGGGACCGUCUCAGAGGCCUGUGUGCUGUUGCUGUGUCAAAGAUUAUCGACAUCCACCUCACAGUUGACGUGGCACAGUUCCUCCCCUGCUCCCCUGACACCAAUCUCCCCAUCAGCUGGAGCUUCUCUGGUAACAUCCUUGAGCCCGGUCCCCGACACAUUCUGCUCAGCCAGGGACUCGUUUUAACACCUUCCUUCACUGAUGAAGGCCUUUACACCUGUGAGACAGUGGAAGUAGUUAAAGGCAGAGAGCACAGGAUAGCGGUGAUCUUGUACAACAUUAAGGUUUCUGAGGUUGGGAUAUACACCUGGUGGAAACAGAAUUCUCAAAAUGAUGCUGGCGAUAUUAAUGUUGAGAGUGACAGUGGCAGUUGGGAAUUCUAA